AUGUCAUCGAAAAUACCGCAAUCUGGGGUACAAGUAGCUCAAAAGAUCAAGAAGCUCUCACAAAGAUUAAUUAAUAUCAGCGAAAAAUGGAAACCUGUUACGUUGAAUGGUAUUCAAACUCCUGUCGGGAAGGUAAAUCUCGUUACAAACAGACCUAAUUCCAUGUAUAUCUUAUCGAUGUUUCCUUAUCCAUCGGGGAUGCUACAUAUGGGCCAUCUUCGAGUAUAUGUUAUCAGUGAUUCUUUGAAUAGGUUUUAUCAACAGAGGGGACAUGAUGUCAUACAUCCGAUGGGAUGGGAUGCAUUUGGCUUACCUGCGGAAAAUGCUGCAAUUGAAAGAGGAAUUAAUCCUAAAGUUUGGACUAACGAAAAUGUUGAGAAAAUGAAGAAACAAAUGAAUAAUAUGUUAGCAAAUUUUUCAUGGGAUAGAGAAGUGAAAACUUGUGAUCCAGAGUAUUAUAAAUUUAAUCAGUGGAUUUUCUUAAAGAUGUACGAAAACGGACUUGCCUAUAGAAAGGAAGCUGAAAUUAAUUGGGAUCCCGUAGAUAAGACUGUCUUAGCGAACGAACAAGUCGAUGCGAAGGGUCGUUCUUGGAGGUCUGGUGCAAUUGUUGAAAAGAAAAUGUUAAAUCAAUGGUUUUUAAAAAUAACCAACUAUACACAAGAUUUACUUAAAGAUUUGAAUAUAUUGAAAAAUUGGCCAGAUAAAGUAAAAACAAUGCAACGCCAUUGGAUAGGGAAAUCAAAAGGUGCAAGAAUUAUUUUUGAAACCAAUUGUGCGGAACUUAAGACAUUUUCUGUAUACACUACAAGGGCCGAAACAAUAUCUGCAGUCCAAUUUAUAGCUAUAUCCUACGAUCAUCCAAUUGUAUCUAAAUAUAUCAAAACAAACUCGAACCUUAAAAAAUAUGUUGAUGGUAUCCAUGACCUUCCCGAUGAUUCAAUGUCCGGCUUUAGAAUUACUGAUAUUAUAGCUAUUAACCCAUGGACAAAAAAGGAAAUUCCAAUAUUUGUGGCACCGUACGUUAUUGCAUCAUAUGCCAAUGAAGAAGGUGUAAAGGGAGCUGCAGUUAUGGGUGUCCCUGGACAUGAUAGUCGUGAUUAUGUCUUUAGUAAUGAGAAUCUACCUAACGAACCUAUUACUACAUGUGUCAAACCAAUUGAAAGUGAAUUUUUUAUUAAUUUACCAGUACCAUUCACCGAAAAGAUUGGUUAUAUGGAAGAUUACACCGGCGAGGUUGCAGGGAUGGUUACUACAGAGGCAAGAGAAAAGAUGGUAGAUCAAAUGGUUGAAAAUGGUAUUGCUAAGAAGAUUGAUCAGUAUAGACUGAGAGACUGGUUAAUUAGUAGACAAAGAUAUUGGGGUACUCCUAUACCCAUUAUACAUUGUGACUCUUGUGGAUCUGUCCCAGUUCCAGAGAAAGAUCUACCUGUAGUAUUACCAGAUAUCCAUGAAUUACCGACAAGAGGUGGAAAUCCUUUGGCCCAUAUCCACGAAUUUGUUGAUGUGAAGUGUCCAAGUUGUGGUGCAGAUGCAAAAAGGGAAACUGAUACAAUGGAUACAUUUAUGGACAGUUCUUGGUACUAUUUCAGAUAUCUUGAUAGCAAAAACAAAAAAUUACCAUUUGAUUAUGACAUGGCCUCCAAAAAUAUGCCUGUCGACAUAUAUGUUGGUGGAGUUGAACAUGCCAUUUUGCACUUGUUGUAUUCGAGAUUUGUCAGUAAAUUUUUGGGCUCAAUUAAUAUGUGGGAUGGUACAAUGCGUCAUUUUGAACCAUUCAAUCAAUUAGUUACCCAAGGUAUGGUACAUGGUAAAACAUUUGUUGAUCCUAAAACUGGUAAAUUUCUGAAACCUGAUGAGCUUGAUAAUACAGGGAAUAAGCUAGUUAUAAAAGCCACAGGCGAGACACCAGACAUUUCAUAUGAGAAGAUGUCAAAAUCUAAAUAUAAUGGUGCAGAUCCAGAUAAAUGUAUAACCCACCAUGGACCUGAUGCAACAAGAGCACAUAUUCUGUUCCAAGCACCUGAGCAAGAUGUUUUGAGUUGGGAUGAGUCUAAAAUAAUCGGUAUUGAACGUUGGUUACAAAAGAUUUCUUCCUUAACAGAUAGAAUAUGCGAAUUCAAACAGUUUGAAAUAGACUUUAGAACACCUGUUGAAGACGGAUUAAAUGAGUUUGAAGUGGAAUUCCAUAACGAAAUACAACGUUACAUAAAGAGCAUAACACACUCCUUUGAAAGAUGCCAGCAUCUAAAUACAGUCAUAUCGGAUUAUAUGAAGGUUACACUUCUACUAGAUAAAGCUUCAAUGAAUAGGAAAGUUAGAGAUGAAAUGCUUAUGUUGAAUUUACAAAAAUUAAUUACAAUGAUAUAUCCAGUUACACCAUCCGUAACAGAAGAAAUGGCAUCCAUAAUAAAGGAGAAACAACCAGCUUUAGCAACAUGGAAUCAUUAUGAAUGGCCAGUGAAGGAGCGUAUGACUGAGUGGCCAUUUAAACACUAUCAAGUGGUUAUUAACGGUAGAUCGAAAUUUAAAUUCGUAGCUGAAAAAGAUUUGUUUAAGAAGGGACGGGACUAUGUUUAUGAAUAUCUACUUAAAGAUCCAACAGGAAGGCCAUACCUGGUAAAUAGAACGUAUGACAAAAUGAUACUAAAAUUUAAUAUCGUUAGUUUUGUGUUCAAGAAAAACAAGAAAAACAAGGAAAUGUAA